AUGGUAGGUAAACGGUCCGCGUCCGCCACACGAGCCGUUCUAUUUGAGAGUGAUUCGGAAGACGACAUCUCAUCCGGCUCGGUCACCGAAGUCGAGGACAUCGAGGAGGAAGACGCCGAUUUGGAGGAGGAACUCGAUGUGACUGACAUCGAUCCGAUGGCCAGUGAUGGUAAGGAAAUCAUUUUUCAGAGACAAAAACGUAAUAUUUAGGAGAAGUGGACGACAAUCCGGACGACGUGGACAAGAAGCGCGAGAAGCACUUCCGCAAAGAGAUCUGGCAGCUGAAGAAGUUGCCGUAUUACGCUGAACUCGAAGAACAGGCCAACCAGCACUUUCUGAUGAUCAAAAAGGGGUUGGCGGAGUCUGUUCUUCUCAGCGACGCCUCCACUGGAUUCUGUCAUUGGACCAUGGAGCUCGACAAGUACAUUGACUUCUACGGAAGACGCUUCUCGAAGGAGGAGCACAUCCAGCUGAUUAACAUCUUUUUGCCGCUCGUCAAGAAGGGAUGCAUCUAUCGGAAUGUGAAAAUAGCGAUGCGCACGUUGUACACUCUUCUCUGCAAGAAAGAUUACCUCACUCGUCAGGACCUGGUCAUCGAUUGGAGACCGUUGAUGGAUCUGUACGUCGAAGUCGCUUUCAAGGUACGGCACUGUCUUUUUGUUUCUAUUCAAUUCAACUAUUUUCUUCAGAAUCUGGAAGAAGACGGAAUAUUUCUGCUGCCGACGGUUUCCGUUCCGAUCUCCACACGCUCAUCUUCUACGCGCGCAUCUAUUUCUCAGAUGAAUCCGUGCAGGAAGUGCUCGACGAGGUCCGUCCGUACAUGUGCAUUUGGGAUGAGUCGUGUCUCCGCUACUGGAAGCUUCUGGACCUGUUCCUGUGCACCUCGAUGCCAAUCGAACGCCAGUUUACCCACGGGACCGGUGUCUGGUUCGACGAGGCGUGGUACUGGUACGAGGAGAUCACGAACAACUCGCUGUUCGAGACGCAAGCCAUCAAAAUGUUCGCUCGUCUCUCGGUCGAAUGCCCCGGUCACAUCGAUUGGACCGAUAAACUCGAUCUGAUCUUCUCGCGGCUCCUCCGAGCUCUGCGUCUCGGCCACGUCACGGGACUUUGUCAGAUUUUCAACCAGGAAUACGGAACCAUUUGGCUCGUUUUCAUGAUGGGAACGAAGGCGCACACAAGCUGAUGAGCCACUUGAAGGACCUGUUCAACCAGAUUGAGUCGUUCUUGCACCCGUCGAACAACGGACUUCACACCCAGCACAUCAUUAUUCUCAUCUCGAAACUGCUCUCGAACACGUUGAUACGCUUGAAGAGAGAGAGAAGCGAGAAGACGCAGCACAAGACCAGAACUCUCACAGUGGUAUGUUGCAGAAUGAAUUUUCAGUAGAAAAGUUAUAUCCUAUAAUUUCAGAUUCCGGAAGAGAUGCGUCUGUCGCAAGCAAACCUGGACGAACUCGUCACCAUGGUUCUGCCAUGCCUCAAACUCAUCGCCUUCACGAAAACGUGCAAGGAGCUGGUGAGCCCGACAUUCCGCUCCGCUUGUCUUCUCUGCCCUAAAAUCAUCCUUCCCGUCGUCCUCGACAUGGUUUACCCGGCCCUCGAGACCCUCGUGGAGCCCCACAGACUGCUUCAAACUCUCGGAACUCUGCUCGGAGUGCUUAUUCCACUGGUGAAAGAUGAGCCGGAUGCGGAAGGAAAGACAUACCGAACCCACGUGAUCACCAUCAUGAAUUCCCUCCUCCCGGGUCUAGAUUGCAACGAUAUCGGAAAGUGCAUGACUACUUAUCAGAUCAUCGGUGUCAUUGUCAACAUGAUUCCGGUCGUCGACUGUUCGGAAGCGGUCCACACUAGAUGCGAUCUCACGGAAGACGAGAAGGAACUGUGCUCGGCCACUGCCAACUUCGACUCGAUCAUCUCGAUGCUCAUGGAUCGGAUGUUCGACAUGCUGAUCGCAGUCGGACAAACUGCCUCCACCACGAGCACCCAUGGAUCGAUUUCUGCGAAGACGGGCAACAACAUCGAGGAUCAGAUCUUCCACCGAGGAACUCUCUCUAUUUUCAAGGGAAUCUGCAGAAACAGCUCCACCGAUCUGUUCCAGAUAGCCGUCAACAAGCUGUACUCGGUCGCCUGCGAGCACGUGUAUGACAGCCGAAUCGCGAACGACGUGAUUGCGGAUAUGAUCCAAGUGUCUUGCAAGUUCCGUCCAGAAAUCGCGUUUUUGAAGUUCUUCAAGUUGACUCUCACAAAACUGCAGAGCUGCAUUUCUGGUAAACGCGUUUUUCCUUUAUUCACUCAGAAAUUGAAAAUUUCAGCUGAAUUCUACACGGACGAAAAAGUGGACUUUUCGACACUCUGGUGGCUCUCGGUUGCUUCGCGAAUCGUGAAAGUUCAUCCGAAGUUCCUCCUCGAGAACUGGCAUCUCGUCGAAACGCUCAUGGAUUUGGUGAUGCCGCUGAAGAAAUGCACAGUUGCCACCGAAAAGGCGCUGCACAUCUUCGACAACCUUCUGGAGCAAAUCACCUCGAUUCAGAUAAAUUCUUUAGUCGAACGUCGUAAGAUGUAUGACAUGCCUACCGAUCAGUUCCUCGCCAUCCGCCAUUGGGCGGCUCCAGUUGAUAAGAAGACGUGGAAUCCUGAGUGGAUCAUUCCGACACAAGAAGCUAUUGAUCGGAGCACACAACUGCUCCGCGCCUGGUUUGUGCCUACCAUUGAUGUGCUCAACAAUCCGAAUGGAAUUCCCAAAAAAGAGCUGUUGCACCGCUUGUUCCUGAUCAGAAGUACACUACUCGGAUCGUGCUUCUCUCUUCCGUUGCUCGAAGGAGAAAUCAUUCCACUCACAGAAUCCCAUAUCAUCAAUUCGGCCCAGGAGCCCGUUUCCGUAGUGAAGCCGAAGGCAACUCCUGAAAUUUCGAUCGACGGACGGAAUGUUCGAGAAAUGGCACUGGACUGCACAAUCGGCCUGAUUGAUUGGCUCCUCGAGCACUCGCCGGAUGACGUCAAGAGCAUUCAGGAGGCGAUUUCAAUUCUCAGAGGGCUUCCACUGAAUCGCGGUUACACCAAGGAGCUCUACAACACGAGUUCGACGAGUUAUCGAGUCACCAAAACGAUGCUGUGCGAUAAAUUGGCUGGAAACCGAAGCAAUAUCGAGAUGAUUGUGGAAGAAUAUGUUAUGCUUCUUCAUAGAAAACGCAUUGCGCAAACUCAGGGAUGGCAUUAUAACGAGAAGCACCGACGAAUUCAGGACAUUCUGUUGAAGGUCGCCACAAGCACGUACAGUGAGGUAAGGAUGUUUUUGUGAACCUCGUUAAUCUCGAUUGUUCGAAUUUCCAGAAUCGUUCGAAGGCACAAGCAAUUCUGCUGGCGAAGCUUCGCGAACAUCCGUAUUCGUACAAGAAGAUCGUCAACGACAUUCUUGCGUUCUUGGAACCCGGAAACGGAGUCAGUCACGAGCAGCUGAAAGGAGCACUCUACCUGCUGAUCGACGGAAAGAAGCAGUCUCUGAUGCUGCGAAUGGAGUUCGAGCAGCAAGCCAAAAUGUGGCCGGCUCUUGUGAAAGUGCAGCACAGCGAAAAGCCGUCGAUCAUUGCUCUUCUGGAAACUGCACAGAACAUGAUUGUGGACAACUACGAGAGCUAUCGACUCAAGUACGAAUGGGACGAGAAGAAUGUGGAAGCGGCGUGGAAGCUUCUGAAGGCCGCUGACGAGUCUUCACCGCUUCACAACGCUGAGCUCCUGAAGGGACCGAGUCAGGAGGAGAUUCAGAAGUAUUCGGGAUAUCUAGAGGAAAAGUACACAAAGGCAAAGGCUUCCUAUUAUCUGCUGAUCGAGCGUCUCUUUGCUCUUGCUCAAGAUCCCACUCUUCAUUGGCGUCCUCUCGAUAUGGCCUACUCGAUGCUCUCAAUGCAGGUUCGCCGUGACGCAGCUCUUCCGGACGGCGUCAUCAAAAUGUUCGUCCGUCUCCUCAUCAACGACACCGUCAAAACGCGAAGAAUUGCGUCUGCCGUCGUUGCCUCUUGGCUCAAGAUCACAAAGCCGAGGGCGCUCAAAACAGAGUACGUGAUUCCGUUCAAAGCGGAGAACACGGGACCCGGAGCGAAACAUCCGAUCGCGUACGGAUUCCGCGCGGACAACCGAUGCAUGAUGUACGAGGAGGAGAAGCUGCCGAAGACGGACGAGGAGUGGAACAAUUUCCAGUUCUGUGCGAAGCAACACUGGGGAAUUUACACGUGGCCAAAGAAACUGAUCACUUAUGCUCCGCUCAAAGAUCAAACCGCCAUUGACCGGAACUACGAAGAUUUCUCCGAUGUCGAAAAGUACAUUGUGGACACUUUCAAAGACGAGAAGUUCAUGACCCGACUCCGGGAGCUCUUCUCUAUUGAGAUGAAAAAGGAGGACGAACUGUUCAACGCAGUCCAUUUCUCGCUUUUCCAGGGACUUUUCAGGUACCAGUUUUUUAAUUCUUUUAAUUCUUAAAAGAAACGAUUUUGCAGAAGCUACGGUGACGUGUUGACUCAGGACUUCCGUGCCCAACUUGAAAUCCUUUUGGCCAGUCAGAAAGAGUACGAGCAGAAGUUGGCUGCCGAGAUCACGGCCGGUCUAAUGAACGGCUCAAAGCUGUGGAAGUACGAGAAACAGCGCAAAUUGUGGAACUGGCUCGAUCCAUUGCUCACCAAAACGUUCGAGUUGAUGAAGGAAGAAGGGCUGCGGAACUGGGGAGUGGCCAUUGCGACCGUGUGCGGAUGCUCGGAGCCCCGGAUGCUGAAGCCACUCAUCGAUCUGCUGUUCAAGUUGGUGGAGAGACCGACGGAGAAUGCGUACGCGGCGAGCAGCCGCAUGUUCCUCAUUCAGUCGGCGCUCUGCCAAUUCGAGUGGAGAGGUGUCGAGUUGUGGAACAAAUUGGUGGAUAUGAUGAGGAAUUCCCUCGUGCAGCCGUUUGCAAAUCUCAGAGAUCGUCUGGCUAUGUUAGUUUACCUAUAAGUUGGAUCUCGGCUCAUUUCAUUCUUCAGCUCGCUCGUCUCUGCCACUUGGUACGACCUUCCAACCGUGUGGACUGAUCCAUCACUUCCAAAGCGUCUUCAGCCGCCGAGAAUCGCAGAGAUUACCGCUCUCUACCAGGAGAUGCUGAGCAGCUGCUGGGAUGAAGUUCGUAUGGUUCGUGAGUCAGACAUCACUGCCAACGGUUCGAAUGGAGCCAAUGGAGCGAACGGAAACUCGCUAACAGUGCCAAACGAAGCCAACGGAAACGGGAACGGAGCAGCUGGCUCAAUGAUCCAGUCUGUAUCCAGUGCAUCGUUGGCCGAAGUGUCCGAAGUGAAGAAGCAGGCUCGGCUCACCCUACGUGCCGCCAUUUCGUUCGUCUUCAACACUUGCAAUCAGUCGUACGAUGCCUAUCCGCCGUGCUUCAUUCCGAUGCUCCCUCUCUGGUGUCACUACUCGAACGACGUCGGAGACGAAGAACUGCAGAAGACGUGUGUGUCCUUGUGCAUCGGACAGAUGGAGGCCAUCUACAUCUCCCCAGAGAAUGCGCCGGCGGCCGUGCAGCAAUUCCAGCAGAUUCUGGGCUCGCCGUGCUGGUGGAAGUCGAAGGUGGCGGCGUUGAAGAUGAUUAGAAUGCUCGUGUUCUCCAAUCGAUACGUGUUCCGAGCCCACCGGGAUGAGAUUGGCAUGCAGUCCUUUUCAUUUCUUCUCACUUAUUUUUCAUUACAGGAAUGAUCCUCGUCAACUCGUUGAACGACAAUCAAAUCGAAGUGCGUGAGAAGGCAGCCGAGUCGCUCUCCACCCUUUUGCAGGCCAAAUUCUUCGAAAUGACGGCCGAACUCGUUCAAAAGUUCAGCUUUGCGGCUCACUCGAAGGACGCCAUUCAGGCUCACGGAGGAGUACUCGGACUGUCGGCUAUCGUGCUCGCCUUCCCGUACUCGGUGCCGCCUUUCUUGCCCGGUGUUCUCAUGACCAUUUGUCGUUUCGCCACUGAUAAAAAUGCGACGAUAAGAGUAAGUAUAGAAAAUUCAGGAAAUAUCUGAAAGCGAUAAUUACAGGAUGCUGUGAAACGUGCUCUGUCGGAGUUCAAGCGAACGCAUCAGGAUUCGUGGCGCGAGCACGAGCAACAGUUCAACGAGGAUCAGCUGAUGGUGCUCCGUGACUUGCUCAUCUCGCCCAACUACUACGUUUAG